AAUCAUUCGUCUGACAGAUUAAAUGUACUAUACCUGCUCUCCCUCAGCUUUCAGAGACAUUUACUUUUCUUGCCAGGAGGGGAAUACACUGCUGUUUUCCACUGCCCAAAAGAGUACUUUGUGUUACAAUGAGAAGACUCUACCCAGGCGUGAUUAUCGUGACCCUUUGUGGAGUCUGGAUAACUUGCAAUGCCUCCAGGCUCUGGGGAGAUGCCAUUACGGAACUGGCUGUGGAUCUGUCUCGGGCAAUUCAUUCAAGCACAGAAGAAAACAUCAUUUUUUCCCCACUUGGAACUUCUUUAAUUCUUGGAAUGAUAAAACUGGGAGCUAAAGGAGCAGCACUAAGUCAGAUAAAGCAAGCUUUAAAACUACAGGGAAAUCAAGACAGUGAGGAGUUUUCUGAGCUAAAAACGCUUCUUGCUGUCAUCUCCGAAGAAAAUAAAGAAUUUACAUUUAAUCUAGCAAAUGCCCUCUACCUUCAAGAAGGAUUCCAAGUGAAGGAGCAGUAUCUCCAUAGCAACAGGGCUGUCUUCAACAGUGCAAUAAAGCUGGUGGAUUUCCAAGAUGUAAAGGCUUCCGCUGAAACAAUAAGUGAAUGGGUGCAAAGGCAAACACAUGGGAAAAUCUCAAAAAUGUUUUCAAGUGGAGACUUUACUCCUCUCACAAGAAUGGUGCUGGUCAAUGCCCUAUAUUUCAAAGGUGAAUGGAAACAGAAAUUUAGUGUUGAAGCCACACAUUCAGAAGAGUUUUCAGUAAAAAGGGGCCUGACCGUAAAGGUUCCUAUGAUGCAUCUUCAGACGACAACAAAACUUGGUUAUUUCUCAGUUAAGAACAUAAGUUACAAAGUGCUGGAGCUGCCCUAUAAAGGUGAUGUAUUCAGUUUACUUUUAACACUCCCUGCAGAAGAUGUGGAGAUAGGAGACCUGGGAAAAAUAGUGACGGCUCCUGUAAUAAAAACAUGGUUUGCUAACAUGAAGGAGGAAGUUGUCGAAAUCAGUUUACCACGGUUUAAAGUUGAACAGAAAAUUGACUUAAAGAAAUCUUUUGUUAACCUGAACAUAACUGACAUUUUUAACGAGGGCUGUGAUCUCUCUGGAAUAACAGAUUCACCUAAUCUAUACAUUUCCAAGGUGUUUCAGAAAGUUUUCGUUGAAAUAAAUGAAGAAGGAAGUGAAGCAGCAGCCGCAACAGGAAUGCAAGUUUCUGCAAUGAGUAUGUCCAAUCACAGAUUUGUGGCCAAUCGCCCUUUCCUGUUUUUCAUAAGACACAUUGAAUCAGGUUUGAUUCUUUUCAUGGGAAAGGUGAUGAAUCCAGAUUUUUAUGAUUCAAUGGGCCGGGAUGUGGAAUCAUUAUAAAUGAAGAGAAAAAAAUACACAUGUUCCUAAUAACUGGUUCUCUUCAAAGGAUUAACAUAUGCAGAUUAAUCAACAGACACUAGUGUUCAAGAUUGUGGAAUAUGUGGCACUUCGACAGCUGUUGAACUAACCUUUCCACAUCAAAAAGUUGGUAGUUUCUGCUAAAUGGCUGGAGCAAUGUAGGGUGCCUUUCUGAAAAACAAACAUAUGCCACUGCGUCAUCACCAGCAACAAAAUAAAAUGUUUUACUGAAUUAA